UAGUAUGUAAAAACCAAAAAUAGAAGGAAAAGAGUGAAGAGUGUUCACAAAUGCAGAACUCUUCGUUCAAGCACUAACAGUCACUGAACCACUCCUUUGCUUUAAUUAUUUCGACCUCUCUCUUUCUCUUAGCGAGAAAAUAAAACUUGUUUCUUUUCUUUCUCAGUUUUUUCAUCAUUUGUAAUACAAACACAUGAGUGCAAUGCUAAAUCUUUGGCUUGCAGUCACUACCAUCCUCUUCACGGUCUCACCAUUCGCACAUGGGUACGACCCCUUGGAUCCAAAUGGUGAAAUGAUCAUCAAAUGGGAUCUUCUUCAUUCAUCACCUGGCCAUCACACAGUACUAGUAAAAAUAGAGAACAAGCAAGAGUAUCGCCACGUGGAGAAGCCAGGAUGGAAGCUGAGUUGGCACUGGGUAAACAAAACAGUGAUAUGGGACAUGAGAGGAGCUGAGACGACGGAGCAAGGCAACUGCUUAGCCUUUGCCUCCAGUGAAACACUCCCUCACUGCUGUCUCAGGCGACCAACCAUCGUCGACCUUCUUCCCGGAGCUCCUUUCAACAUGCAAGUCUCUAACUGCUGCCGUGGAGGCGUCUUGACUUCUAUGUCUCAGGACCCCAUCAACCACGUCUCUGCUUUCCAGAUGACCCUUGGAAGCUUUCCUGAUGACCCUGGCGAGUUCAUUAUGCCUUAUGAUUUUGAUAUAGGUGUCCCUGGUUAUACCUGCGGCAAUGCCACGUCAGUGGCCCCUACUAAGUAUAUUACUGAUAAGGGUCGACGCAAAACACAAGCUCUAGCAACAUGGGAAGCAGAGUGCAUGUACUCUCAGACUAAGUCAUCACAAUCACCAAAAUGCUGCGUUUCACUCUCUGCUUUCUACUACCAAAACAUUGUUCCUUGCCCUACCUGUAGCUGCGGCUGCCCGAGUUCAAAUUGCGUCAAGUCUGGUGUGGUGCCGUCACUUUUGGAACAAGAACAUGAUCCACAUGAGGAAGCCUCGCCUGUGGUGCAGUGUACGAAGCAUAUGUGUCCCAUACACAUCCACUGGCAUGUCAAAGUGAACUAUAAAAAGUAUUGGAGGGUUAAGAUCACAGCAACGAAUCUCAACACGAUGAAGAAUUACUCUGACUGGAACUUAGUGGUGCUUCAUCCAAACUUGAGUAACGUUACAAAAGUCUUCAGCUUUAACUACAAACCCAUGACACCUUAUUCCAAACACAUCAAUGACACGGGGGUGUUUUGGGGAUUGAAGUAUUACAACGAUGUAUUGAUACAAGCUGGAGAGACUGGGAAUGUGCAAACAGAGAUAUUGCUAAACAAGGAUAUGGAGAACUUCAGUUUCAAAAACGGUUGGGGUUUUCCAAGGAGAAUCUUGUUCAAUGGAGAUGAGUGUGUUAUGCCUUCUCCAGAUGAGUAUCCGAGGCUGCCCAGAUCUGCUUCUUAUUCCUCUCGUGAUUCUAGCUUUGUGACAUCCGUACUAUGUUUUCUCCUUUUACUUGUUUGAUUGUAACGUUUCAUUUGAACCUGCACUGCUUCAGGCCUUUUAAUGAAUAACGCCUUGAUAA